UAGUAGCGAUCGGGGAAAAGCCUUAAGGAAAAUCGGGGAAAAGCCCGGUGGCUGCGGGCUAGUGACGAGAGUUUCGCAAAGUAACCGCAGACCGCAGCUGUAAAACAGUCCGAAGAAGGCUCUUGCGACAUGGAUGCCCAGCCCAAAAGUGGCACUGAGUCCGAACUGCGAGAAGACGUUCCGAAUGAAAAUCCAGAAACGUACUGCAGGCUCUGCUUUUCAGAAACGAACGUCCAUCCGCUGUUUCCGCAGAAUGGAAGUCUCAUACGUGAGAUGACGGAGAAGAUAAGGAAUUGCGCCAGCAUACAUAUCAGCGUUCGGGACGAUUACCCUGCCGGGAUUUGCUUUUCGUGCCUAUCCAUUUUGGAUGAGAUCAAUCAAUUCCAGCAGAGAAGUAAACACUGUGACGAAAUCAUUCGCACGAAGCGUGGACUGCUAGAGCAGAUUACCGUCAAGGUAGAGAUGACGGAGGAGGACGGAGUUCAAUUUGUGCCACCGGGCGGAGGAUGUGGACACCACUUGGCCGCAAACGAAGAUUACGUGAAUGACGAUUGUCUUACCGAAAGUAGUAUUAUUGCUGAAGCUAUCACGAGCUUGAACGGAAUCGGUGAGCUGAUGGGUGCGUUUCACAGUAGCUCCAUUCCAGUGGCUGGUACGCUUCACGUAAAGGCGGAAGGUGUAGCUACAAGUGGAGGUAAUAAAGACCAUCGAUGCAUGGUUUGUAGCAAAGUGUUUCCUGAUCGAGAGGCAUGGAUGGUCCACUUGGGCGAUCAUGUUGAAGAACGGCCGUACCAGUGCAUGGAAUGUUUAGCACAGUUUCGAGAGAAGCGCUCAUUGGCGAGGCACAUGAAAGCGGUGCACGAAGAGGUUCGCGAUCGUCAGUGUCCUUACUGCCCGAAAUCAUUCAAAUACAGUCACCAUUUAAGGUAUCAUAUAC